UAUCAGCAGAUUGUAUUCUUCAAUGGAAAAGAAUAUCUUUAUAUCCAGCAAUCGGGAAUAAACAAAUAUUAGACUGUAUGCGGUAUGUAACGUCCUGAACGUAGCGCAUGCGCAUUAUCUUUGUUUAGUUUCCAAUCUGAUCAGCUGUAGCAAUGCACAAGCUAAAAUCAUCUCAGAGAGAGAAAGUGAAGCAGUUCAUAUCGUUCACCCAAACGGGAGAGAAAACAGCCAUAUAUUGCCUCACUCAAAAUGACUGGAAACUGGAGUUGGCUUCCGAUAACUUUUUUCAAAAUCCAGAUUUGUACUACAGAGAUCAGCGACCCUCUGUUGACAAGAAGAAGUUAGAACAUCUAUAUAACAGAUACAAAGAUACAAGUGAGCCAAAUAAAAUUCUUGUGGAUGGAGUUAUGCGACUCUUAGAUGACUUAGACCUCUCGCCAGAUUCUCGAUUAGUACUCAUUUUAGCAUGGAAACUUCGUGCAGCAACACAAUGUGAAUUCACCCGUGAUGAAUUUAUGAAUGGGUUAACAGAUUUGGGGUGUGACAGCAUAGAUAAACUUAAGGCAAAACUCCCUACAUUGGAACAUGAAUUGAGAGAUACCGUGAAGUUCAAGGAUUUUUAUCAAUUUACAUUUAACUAUGCAAGAAAUCCUGGUCAGAAAGGACUAGAUUUGGACAUGGCAGUAGCUUAUUGGAAUAUUGUUUUACAAGGAAGAUUUCGUCUCCUCAAUUUGUGGUGUCAGUUUCUUCAGGAACAUCAUAAACGCUCCAUACCUAAAGACACGUGGAAUUUACUUCUGGACUUUGCAUUGAUGAUUAAUGAUGAUAUGUCUAAUUAUGAUGAAGAAGGAGCGUGGCCCGUAUUAAUUGAUGAUUUUGUGGAGUAUGCAAGGCCCAUUAUUACGGGGCACCCUACUCAAGUUUAAGCUGUGGGUAGCUGUAAUUUUAGAACUUACAUCAGCUCAAAAACAUUUCCUUUUUGUUUUGUUUGAUGUUUUUUUUCAAGAGCUUUGAAGGAAAAGAAUGCUAAAUAAGUGAAUGUUGCUACCUUCAUAUGGUCCAUUACCAAUGACAGAUUUUAUUAAAAAAUAGUUGAAAUUAUCUCUGCCAUAAGUGACAUUUUCCAUGUGGUGAUUUGGGAAACCACGUAAAUUAAUGGAUUAGGUGCAUUGUAGAGAAAAAAGGCUUAUGAAAGAAAAGUUUGUGCUUUUAGGUAAGUUCCAUUACUUGAAGCUUUUCUUGGAACACGUUCUCCCUCCCCCACCAACUGCAUAAGGAAACAAGCAUCUGAAUUCUUGACCAGGAACUUAAGCUCAUCGGGUGUAAAAGCAAGAACAUAGCGCCUGUGGCCGAGAGCAAAGUCUUAAUUAUAAUUGGAACUAGAGUAACCUUAACGGUAUUGUGUCACUGAAUUUAGUGCCCUAUUUUUAUUUUUUGUUCCUUUCAAUAGUUUGUACCAAAACAGUAAAGUAGUAUAGAUUUGUUUGGUUUACUCUUCUGUUGUAUUUGCAGUGUAAAAGUUUCAAAUAUUUGCAAGAAUAAAAUUGGCAACAAUUAUUGAUAGUCAAUUGAAAUUCUAUGCUUUAGAUCAAGAAUUUAUCUUAUAUACUUAUUUAUUUGCAUGCUGUUCAUAUUCUUCACUCAGUAAAGGGCAUUUUCUAAUGUUUUAGUUUGCCACUGAACCCAUUUUAUGUUACUAAACUUGCUUCAAGAAUCAGAUAAUAUUGAAAAACAGACUGUCCCUGACUUAUGACUGGGUUGUGUUUUUGAAUCAGUUGAAAUUGAGUGGAUGUGAAAUCUGUU